GCGCCUUCUCCCGACCCACCGCUCCCCGCCUCUUCCUGGGAUUUCACAGUUUCCUCCACACUGGUGCCCGUGAGCCUCAUCAAGGCUUAGCUAAGGGGUGGCAGGGCCGGCGCCUCCUCCCUCACGGCGCACGAAUGCAGCGAGAAGCACCCGGCUGCCACGGCGGAUCCCCCCGCGGGUCGCCGGGCGUGUGAGGGGGCCGGCAGGGCUGCGGCCCCUCCUCCGCAGCCGGGAAAGCGAAAGCGGAAGGCGAGCCCGGGAGCGCUCUGGAGGUGUCUGAGGAGCCGCCGGGAGCUGCGGGAGCCCCGGGCCGUGUCCCCAGCCUGUCGCUGGCCGUGUCCCCAGCCUGUCGCCGGCCGUGUCCGUCGGUCUCGCCCGGGAGGAAACUGUACAGAAGUCUCAGAGUUUUGGCUGCUUGAUCCAAACCAGAAAGGGAUUCCGGGAUCCGUAAACUCGGUUUCAAGACUCUGAGUGAGUCGGGUCAGAACCAAGGUGAGGAUUCCCAGGUUUCAAUGGAUUUUAACAGUCCCCCAUCAAUGGAUUUUAACAGUCUCCCAUCAUCUCUACAAGACAAUGGUUUUAGUAUGGUACCCACUGAUGCACUUGGGACAUCCAAGGAAGAGAUGGAAAGACUCAAGGAAGAGCCAGAGAUGUGGAAGAAAAGAGUUGAAGAGGCUGCAAAGGUAGAAGUUGACCUUCUUGUCUCCAAAGCAAGUGCUGAUAGGGAGUAUGCUAGAGCAGAGAAGAAGCUGACAGAGCUGAAGGAGCAAGAGGAGCAGCGUAAGGACAGCAUUAUCAUCUUUGAGCGGGAACUCUUUCUGUUAAACCGAGAAAACGCUGAGCUGAAGGAAGAGAUUGAAAAGCUCAAGGAAGACCUGGAAGAAUACAAUUCCCAGGAUAAUCUGGUAAAGGAGUUUGAGAUUAAAAAGAAGGUGGCAGAAAUGAAACUGAAGUUCACUCACCUGGAAGACACGAAGGAUGAUUGGGCAGAUAUGGACACUCACUGUGUUUUUGGGGCGGCUACAAAAAUCCCCUUCAGACUCAAUCAGAACCAGGCUCUGCUGACUUUUGAAGAUGAAGAGGUUGCCCAGAGACUGACAAAGAUGAGCAAGCACUCUGUGAACCUGGACAACAGAACAGCAAAUGUGGGAGUGAGGCCUUUUGAACUUGAAAUGGGAUUCCAGUUUGAGCUCCACGUCACUGUCUCUGGAAAGAAGAUCAGUGUUUCAAAAAUACCUGAGCUUCCCAUUCCUAAAGACUGGAUGAGAGACAAACUUGAGCUGAAUUUCUACAAAACUGAGCAAGGAGGAGGAGGAGAAAUAGAAAAUGUGACCUACAACAAGGAGUCUGGGACAGCUGUCAUCACAUUCCUCAAACCUGGAGCAAGUAACAACUUUUUGGGAUGUACUAAAUACCCUUUCUAUGCAGAGGGAAGGUGCUUCAAGCUUUCUGUCUCCCCAAAUUUUGAUUUUCACUUCAGAAAUUUUCAGCCGUACUGUGGGGUUUCCAAGAAGACCGUUCUGCUGAAAGGAAUCCCAGAGGUGGAAGAGGAUGAAGAAAGUGUGCAGGACAUGAUUGAAAUCCACUUCCAAAAGCCGAGUAACGGAGGGGGGGAGAUAGAGAAAAUCAAAUACAUCUCCAAAGGAGCAGCCUAUGUUUGUUUUGAGGAGGAUACUGGGAAUGCCACCGUGGAAAUCACAGGGAACUCGUGAAGUUCUGAGGUUUUGUUCCUCAGAGGCACAGCAAUUUAUGUAGAUAUUGUGCUCUAACGUUCUGAAAUUUAUGUGUACAGGAGGAAUUCCUGCCUUUGAUUUGUCUCAUGGCACUGACUUUGCACGGAAAGUCAGCAAAACUCCCCACUUGUGUUCCAGGUUAAAGGCACAGACAAAGCCUUCAGCAGCCCUUGAAACAUCAUCUGAGAUUUUCUGCAACUUUGCAUAUUUUAUAUCGUGCAGAUUUUUAAAUACUCCAGAGUGGGAUGAGUGUAUUAUUUCUUACAAUUUGGAUAUAAAAGCCACAUCUAAUCCCAAUCCAAAGCCUCCUCACAGUCCUGCUUUGUUGAAGUGCCAGAGCUUCAGAAGGUGGCUCUGACACAGCUCCAGUCCUGCUGAGGCUGCUGAGUGCCACCAAACUCAAAUACCUGAAAGAAUCCUGUAAUUUCAUAAACCCCACAUUAUCAAAUCAGUGAUAGAAUUAAAACAGAAAAUGGGAGAUGCAAACCCAAGAAAUUGCACUUAAGAGAUGCCAUGGCAUUUGCUGCCUUUAGCUGUUGAGCUUCUCCCUGUUCAUAGCCUGCUUUAUUGUUUGGUUUUAAUAUUUGUUUCUGCAAUUAAAUUUUUCCUCAUUUUUGUUCAUGAUUUUGGUUAUUUUAAACUAUUGCAGUCAAGGAUUGAGCUGCUGCUGUAUCUGGUUUUGUAACAAUGCUGGGGGAACAGCCCUGAGGGAUCUGGUGAUCCCCAGGCUGCUGCUGGGAGGGCUUGGAGAGAGUUACUUUCCAAGGAGAAAUGUUUUUCCCUUUCUGCUGUCAUCCUUGGAAAAUAAAUCCUUUACUGACUUUGCACUUUUGCCACCCUUGGGGGCUGAAGUGGUUUGGCCCCAACAAUUUUAACUCCAAACUAACACGAGCCUGAAAUGAAAAUAAUUUAUGUUCAGGGUAUUUGACAUCUUGAUACGAAGAAAAAGGACAGUGCACUGAGAAGAGCAUUGCACUAAUACCUCAGGGUUUAUUUUUCCAGACAAACUGGUAAUUGGCAAUGGAUAAAAGUUGAAUAUGGAAAAUUAAAAUGCUGCAAACACCACAGUUUAUUUGGAAUUUGCUGCUGAGUGAGAUCUGUGUGACUGUAGCACCUCUCACUGUUUAGGGCAUGCAAAGGCAUGGAUUGAUUACCUGACCAUUGUGGAAUAAUAAUAAUUAAUUCAAACAAAGUAAUAUUGAAGAAUUUAUGGACAUUGUGCACUUUUGCACUCUCAGAAACUUGGUAAGACCAGACAGCCUAAAAAGAAAGGGGGGAAAACCUGAAAAAGGUAAAAAAUGUCAUGAACUUCAACUGUACCUCACUGGUAAAUAUUGAGAAGUAAAUCCUUAAAAAGGAAAAAGUGUAAAAUUCUCAUAAAGUGUCACAGUGUAUGGGAGCAGUGAGAAGCUGCAGGUUUUAAAGCAGAGAAAAUAAAUAAGGUUUUUACAUUUUAAA